GAAUUGUCCCUAGGCCAUUUGCUGAAGUUGGGUUUAUGCUUCUUGGCUGGUUUGCUGCCUUAUCUCUAUCUGCCGGCUUCGUCCUACCUCAAUCGAGCCCGUUGGACAUGGGGAGACCAGACGACUUUUCAAGGAUUUUUGACCCACUUUCUCAGGGAAGAAUAUGGGACAUUCAGUCUGGCCAAGGCUGAGACAGGGUCCAGUAUGAGAGAGAUGCUGGUUUUUCAGCUGGCGCAGAUGAAGUCAGAGCUCUCCCUUCCCGUCCUUGCCCUGGCACUCGUGGCCUGCGUGAGCACAGCACUGCCGACAAAGCAGCAGAAAUCACCUGUGAUCAGGCUCUUCGCUGGAAUGCUCUGUCUUUACUCCCUUUUCUUUGCUUGGCGAGCAAAUUUGGAUAUUACAAAACCUCUGUUUCUGGGCGUGGUGGAGCGAUUCUGGCUGCAGAGCAGUGCCGUGGUGGCUGUGCUGGCAGGGCUGGGGCUGGCCGCGCUCACCUCGGUUGGAAGCUCCGUGCUGGAGGGCAGCCGGAUGCUGCCAUGGCUGGAGUGGCUUUCCGCUCUUGCUCUUGUUGCUUCUCAAGUUUCAGCAAAUUACAGCGCUUGUGAUCAGAGCAACAACUAUGUUGUUGAUAAGUUUGCAAGGAAUCUGCUGUCCUCUAUGCCAAUGGGUGCAGUGAUCUUGCUAAGAGGAGACUUACCCGGGAAUGCUCUUCGUUAUGUCCAUUAUUGCGAAGGGAUGAGGCCAGAUAUCACCUUAGUGGACCAAGAGAUGAUGACUUAUGAAUGGUAUUUACCCAAGCUGGCAAAGCAUUUACCUGGCGUUUAUUUUCCUGGGAACCGGUGGAAUCCUGUGGAAGGAGUAUUACCCGAUGGGACACUCACUUUUAAUCUCCAUCGUUUCCUCAAAGUAAAUAAACAUAAGGAAGUCUUUGUCUGCAUAGGCCUUCAUGAAGGUGACUCGACGUGGAGAAGGAGCUAUUCGCUUUGGCCAUGGGGUACGUGUGAAAAGUUGGUUCCUUCUGAUGUUGUGUUUGACCCAGGAGAGUGGAUUCAUCUUACAAGAAAUCUCUAUAACUGGACUGAAGACUACGGCAGUUUCAAGCCCUCUUCCUGGGAAGCUGUCGCCAACGAGGAGAUGUGGCAAGCCAGGAUGAAAACAGCUUUCUUUAUAUUUGACCUUGCAGAAGCUGCCAGCGUGACUGCAGAAAUGAAAUCACAACUUUACACAUUUGCAUACACAUCGUACAAAGAAAUUGUCAACUCUCAUCCAAAUCACCCAGUGAACUGGCACAAAAACUACGCCAUCGCCUGCGAGAGGAUGUUGCGUCUCCAUCGGGUGGAUGUGGAUCCUGAAGCGUUGCUCUCCGAAACUGUGAAACAUUUCCUUCUGUACACUGAGAAAGCAGAGGACGAUCCUCAGCGGCAGAAUAUUCUGCAGGCUGUGAAGCAUCUGAAGAAAGAGCUGCAGGGGCUGAGGAAAAUGAAAAAAGAUCUGAGGCGGGGAGCUGGGUAGCACCCGGUCCUCCACCAGGCUGAAGGGCUGAAAUUUU